GCACGGGCCUCCCCCCCGGGGGGCCCUACGGGUGGCGGCAGCGGAAACGGCGGCGGCGGUGGCGGCGGCAGUAGUAGCAAGAAAUCCAAAGAGCAGAAGGCGCUGCGCCUCAAUAUCAACGCCCGCGAGCGCCGGAGGAUGCACGACCUGAACGAUGCUCUGGACGAGCUGCGCGCGGUCAUCCCGUACGCGCACAGCCCCUCGGUGCGGAAGCUCUCCAAGAUCGCUACGCUGCUCCUCGCCAAGAACUACAUCCUCAUGCAGGCUCAGGCCCUGGAGGAGAUGCGGCGCCUAGUCGCCUACCUCAACCAAGGCCAGGCCAUCUCAGCCGCCUCUCUGCCCAGCUCAGCGGCCGCUGCGGCGGCGGCUGCUGCCCUGCACCCUGCGCUUGGCGCCUACGAACAGGCGGCCGGCUACCCGUUCAGCGCCGGGCUACCCCCGGCUGCCUCCUGCCCCGAGAAGUGCGCCCUAUUCAACAGCGUCUCUUCCAGCCUCUGCAAACAGUGCACGGAGAAGCCUUAAACAUUCCCUCCCUCGGAAGCCUCGAGACCGACCCCAAAGCUAGAGGAAAGCGAGAUGCUGCUCUCCACCCCUUUUAUUUUGUUCCUUUCCUAGUUGCGAAACACUGGCAGGGCAAACAAAGCAGAGGCAGGAACUGAGCAGUAACAGAGACAAACCGGACUUUCAGCCUUGGCGCGGCCCCGAAUCUUGUGGUCUUUGGGGUGGGGAGGGAGGGGAAAAGGAUGUUGAGUAGGGAUGGAGUGCGGAUGUCUUUUUUCCCUCAGAAAAGUGGCAACUUUGGUGGUAACCUAGACUUCGAGGAAGUACAGUCUUCUUUGAAGGUUAAAAAUAAGUUGAAAACUAGUAGUGCUUGUUUAUUAGACGUGAAAAGUAUUGAACGGCAAAAUACUAAUCCCACUAAUAGCUGAGAAUUUGGCUAGUACUGAAGGGGAGAGGAGUCCCGGGUUGAAAGGUGUGAAAGGGACAGGAUAUUCAUUCAGACAAAUCAGAAAGGGCACUCGAAAAUAACUUCUGAUUCUGAGCCAGGAGAAAAACUUGACAUGCAGGCUUAACUGGAGGGGAAAGCAAAGAGAGAGAGAGAGAGAAAAAACCACGUUGCUAUGAAGGACUUGUAUUUUUUAUCGUCUCUGAACUUAAAAUCCUGUGAAAAUGCUCAAAGUUUUGGUGAGAGUGAUAUAAAAAGCAGGCUGUGGCUGAAAGAAUUGCUUUUAAAAUAUUUAUGUGCACCUUGUUACUUUUUACUCUGCAAUGAUGUAUUAACAAAAUCAUGGUAUUUAUUUGUUAUUCUUCAAUGAUCCACAUCAUCAGUAUUUAUUACUUGUUAAGGUCUUGGGUCUUAUGUGAAGAUUUUUUUUGAUGCUUCUAAAAUUCUGUUAUAUAUAUUAACUUACACUGUGUGCCAAGUGUUGAAAGGUUUAUUUGCCAACAAGUAAGAGGAGAAAUAUUGAUGUAUCUGAGCUGCUUAGGUUUUUGAAAGGUCACCUGGAUAUUUUCAGUUGCAUCAUCCCUGUAUUUGAAUUGAGCUUUAAUAAAUUGCUUCAGUCCAAAAAUUACAGGAAAGGUGUAUUCUUAAUUAAUACAUGAAUUGAUUUCUUUUUCAAAAGGGGAUCUAUUUGCAUUCCAAAAGGGAAAAAAUCACAGCAAUAGAUCUUAUAAGUAAGAACAUGCUGGGCAAAUUUAUUUUCCAGGUUGUGCUGUGCAUUUUAAAAGGUCUAAUUUAAUUGCUUUUACUAUAGAUGUACAUAUAUAAGUUAUUAUAACUGUGAAGACUUAUUAUGUUAAAAGACGGCUUUGAUUUGCUUAUGGUGUGAAAUCAUUUGUUAUUUUUCUAAAAAAUUAUAAAAAUUUAAAAGAAAUGAAAUAAAGCUAAGGAAGAGCAAGAAGCUGUGUACCCAAAGCAAGCUUUCAGUUUAGUUUGCAUGGCUAUCUGCCUGCCUUUCGUCCUAUGAAAAUCCAGAAAAACCUCUUAAGAAAUGGGGUCUUGCUGUUUUCCACUCCUUACAGAUAAUACAAAUUCAGUUUGUCAGGUUGGAUGAUGAUUUCAGAGCUGUGAUGGAUCUGUCGGUGGGGUUUGGAUGUAUAAAGAAUUAAAUAUAUAUAUAUAUAUAUUAAAUAGGUCAAGCAGACUAUGACAGUUAUGUACGACCAUUUGUAUGUGUAUCUAUGUCAGAAAGAAUCUUUAUUAAAAUAUUUUGAUCA